GAGUUGUUGUUCAAAUGCCGGCCGGGCGAAACGGCUGGAGGCUGAAGCUUGAUCCAGAAUGGCUACUGUAAUCUUUGUGGAUAAGGAAAACGGAGAACCGGGCACCCAUGUUACUCCUAAGGACCGGCUGAAGCUGGGGCCCCGGCCAGUCAAAGCUUUAGAUGGGAGAUCUCAGGUUUCAACAUCACAUGUUGGCAAAAUGUUUGGUGCUCCACCUGCCUUACCUAAAGCUCCCAGGAAGGCUUUGGGAACUGUCAACAGAGCCACAGAAAAGUCAGUAAAGACUAAUGGACCUCUCAAACAGAAACAGACAAACUUCUCUGCUAAAAAGGUGACUGAGAAGACUGUUCAAGGAAAGAGCUCCGCUCCUGCUUCAGAUGACACCUAUCCAGAAAUAGAAAAAUUCUUUCCCUUCAAUCCUCUAGACUUUGAGAGUUUCGACCUGCCUGAAGAGCACCGGAUUGCCCAGCUGCCCUUGACCGGAGUGCCUCUCAUGAUCCUCGAUGAGGAGAGGAAACUGGAAAGGCUGUUACACCUCGGGCCCCCUUCGCCUCUGAAGAUGCCCCCGCCACUGUGGGAGUCCGAUCCGUUGCAGUCUCCCUCAAGCAUUCUGUCGACUCUGGAUGUUGAAUUGCCACCUGUGUGCUAUGACGUAGAGAUUUAAGUUUCUUAGUGCUUUAUAGUUUG